UUGUGACUUUUGACUUAAUUGGUCAUUGAUAUCUCAGCAAGCAUGGAGAUAAGAUUAGAAGUUUUGACUUCAACAAGUAUCAAGCAGAAAAAACCCUGGCCACGAGUCUCCUGGUUGGGACAGGAAAAUGAAGCUGUUUUUCUUUUGGAUGAUAAAUUCAUAAAUGAAAUUAAUUUGCUAUCAGGAAGGACAAAGAAGAAAAUUCCCAGUCUUCAGCCUUUGUUGAAGGAUGUUACAGUCUUAACAACGUCCAGUAAUGAUGCCUGGCUGGCUGGGGUACUUGCUACAGGGGAGCUUUUCCUCUGGAACAAAGAUCAAGAUUGUUUGAAAACUAUACAAGCAACUGAAAAGCCUAAAGAAAUGAUUAAAGCUGCAGUAGCAAGCUCUUUGAGACUGUACUUGUAUGUAUCUGGCAAUGGGAAAAGAGUUCUGCUUAUAACUCCUUCUGGAUGCAUAUUCCUUUGGGAACAUUUGGAAUUCAAGAGUAUCUUAUCUUCUAAAAGCCCUUCAUUGGUGGGCCAAUGGUCCCAGAUCAUACCUGAAGAAGCAGUUCAUUUGCCUUCCACUGAAGAUAAAGAAGCUGUAGUGCAUGCUGUUUUUAUAAAAAAUGAGUUAUUUGGAGACUGCUGCUUGUGUUCAUUUACCUUCUAUUCUGGGGAAUGCCUGAAGUUAACAUUUCUAGCAAUUCGGUGGCAUGAAAAUGUAUUUACAUCUAUAAGAUCAUUGAGAUACCAUGUUCAGUGGGCACACCAAGAUUACCUUCUGUGCAGUCUGAUUCCUAAAUGUGAAUCAGUAAAGUCAAGAGGAGCUCUAAUUUCUGCAUUUUCAAGAGACGGUAUUACCCUGGCAGUAACUCUUAAUCAGAAAGACCCAAAGGCAACUCAGGUAUUAUUUAUAAACACACUGAAUUUUGUUACAGUCUGUGGUAGCCUUAAAGGAUGUAGUAAUAAGAAUCCUGUGGUUCCAGCUACACUUAUCAGGUCCUACUGGGUAGGUGAUAUCAGCUGGACUCAUGAUAGUCUUUUUCUGGCUUGUGUGUUAAAACGUGGCUCCCUGGUUUUAUUGACCUGCCAAGGUGAAUUGCUAACGUUAAUUACGUUUGGUUGCUCUAUAGAAUUUGGGCCAGCAGAAUUUAUUCCUCUUCACCCACUAAUAACAUAUAGACCACAGCAGUUUAUGCUUCAAGAUUCAGAUAAUUCUGUAGAUUCAUCAGCUUCUGAUAGUGACCCUAUGAGACAGAGAUUUUCUAUAAAAGCACAUUCACGGUUACCCUACCUCAUUAUUUCUGAUGGAUACAUGGUCACAACCCUUCGAUUUCUUGAUAAUCUGUCUCCAUCAGUGCUCAUGAGAUCCCUUCUACUUGAUUCAACACAGAGGCUUGAGAAAACAUACCGAAGUGUGAUAUUGUCUAAGCCAAAAGGCCAGAGGCUGAACUUGCAAUCACUGGAUUCCCUAAGAUCUAGCUUGUUAAAACACCACGGAAAUGAAAAUUUAGCUGAUUCUACUGUUCCCAGAUUCUUGCAGGCAGAAGAAACAAUGAAGUUAAAUGAAAAAACAGCAGAUUUGCAGGAUUUUGAAGCCGAAGAAACUAAUGAAGGCGAACAUUUUCCAGACAACUUAUUUUCUUUUUGGAACCAAGAGAAUGAUCUGUUGUUUAGUAGUGCCAAGGAAGGAAGAUUGGAAUUUGCUUCUAUGUUUGAUACCAUACAUGCAAAAGAUAAUACUGAGGAGACAGAUAAAACUGUUACAGAACUGCAUUCUGUCCAGAAAAAUCUCCUUGCAGCAUGGACUAUAGGAAUUUCAAAAAAUGUGACAGAAAAAAAAUUAAUGUUAAAUUACACAGUAGUUUGUAUCACUCAUUUUUUGUACAUUCUUCAAUUUAUAAAAUGUCCUUUCCCCAAACUUGAUCUUUUUUUAAGCAAGAGCCCAAGACAUAAUGCAUGGGUACUUUGUAUCUUUCAACUUUUUCAUCAGUGUUUAUCAAUCCAGUACUGGGAUAUGAGAUACAGACAAGAUGUAGGACAUUUGGUAAAGCUGACCUCAAAUACUAUAAAGCUUUUGCUGACACAGCAACAACAGAAUCAGUUAUUCUCAAAGAAGCUUUUAGCCUGUUUUCAUUUACUCAGAAUGGUAGCUGAUCAUUUAAAUGGCGUAUACAGUCUUCAACCAGAAGUUAUUUCAGCGUCAACUGAUGGAAGUAGAACAGCAAAGCAAGACUCAUUGGUGGUACCCAUUUUUCAAAUGUUUCAAGAUAGUGGUGCUUGGAAAAACUGGUCUUGGAAUUCAUCUUUCAAGAUUCGUCCUCAAGUAUUAAAUUUUGUUCAACAGCCAGGACACAGAUUGAUGGUUCUCUGGAGAGUAUUGUACAGAAAAACUUUAUGGUAUCAAUCACAAUUAAGUCAAAGAGUUCCUGAAGAUGACAUACAGUUAACUGAAAAGAUGACACAUGAAGCAUCUACUGUCAAGUCCCUGUUAUGUCAUAUACAGGCUAAAUUGCAGACUGCUGGAGUUCUCUUGAACCAGACCUUAGAACUUAAAUCUAUCAAUGGGGAAGAGUGUUUCCUAUUAGGAUCAUAUGAAAAGUCUGUUCAACUAUGGAAGAAAGCUCUUCAAGAAACCCAAGAGAAAGGAGGAAGAAGGAUAUGUUUUCUUCAGAUACGCUAUUAUCUUUCCCUUUUGUACUGCCACCUCUAUAACUAUAAUUUAAAUGAUGCUCAAGGAUUAUGUGAUCAGCUAGUAAGAGAAAUACUGUUAUGGUCCCACCUACCUGUAAAAGAAAAUGAAGAUUGUUCAGUUCCUGAGAAGUCUCAUUGUGAGUUUGGAGUGACUGGAAAUGUUCAUCCUGAAGCGGCGGUGAGGGUUAUCCAGUCCAUGGCUCGCUUCAUGGCUGCCUAUUUCACCAAUCAGCUGCUUUGCAUUUUGCCACCUCACAAUGUGAAUGUUCUUCCUCCCCUUCAUAUUAAAACAGAGCAGCCCUUUCGACUUAUUCCUCUGCAACACUCGAAGGUGGCCAGUGUUGUUAGAGAGCAGAAUCUUUCUAAUGUGUGGACAGUUGAAUAUGCCCUUGAAUUAUUAUUUAUUGGUGGCCUGGUUCCAGAAGCUGUGUGGUUGGCACAGAAACUUGGAGACUGGAAGACGUCUGUUUCCAUUGGUGUGGCCUUGCAACUGUUCUGUAAACAUGAUAGCAAUUUCACAAGGUCCAGGAAAAAGGGUCUGAAUCUACCGUUAAAUAUGACUCCAGCACAGAUUUUCCAGGAAAAACUGCAGUGUUUUUUAGGUCAGCCAGCCUCUUUGGAAGCAAAAAAUGAAAUGGGCUCAAAAUACAAACAGUUUACAGAUCCCAUUGAAGAAGAAGAUGCAGAUCUGCUAUUUGGUUCUGUGCAGGAAGUACUGAAAGCAGCAGUUAUGGCUGAUGCGGAUAUUCUUUCAGAGACAUUUCAGCUUCUGAUGAACUCUGCCAAGGACUUCAGUCAGAGACUGUGGGGCUUAGUGCCGGUCGGCUUGUAUCUUCCAGCUCCUCCUUUAUAUUGUCCUCAGCCAGCUAUUAUUAGUGAAGAAGAUGGUGAUGAUCUUCUUUUAAAAGCUGAAAAAGAUAAUCGCCAAAAGGUGUCUGGUAUCCUUCAACGUGUUCUCUUGCUUUUCCGGGCAGCUCGGUGUUCUUUUCCUGUAGCACAGUGGUACAUCUUGCAGUUGAGAUGGGCAAGAAAAGUCAUGCAGAAGAUUCGAAUGAAAGGAUCCCUUCCUUCAUUGAGUCCUUUCCCUCAGUCAUUACUUAAUUUCUGUAAGGGAGGUGUAGCAUUCUUUCGACCUGGGGCAACUGGAGACCACAAGCUUGAUGAAGUGUCCAUUAAAGUAAUAGGUUGCUUCAGAGAACUUUGUGCUUUGUGUUGGAUGCUGCACGUCCGUGAUAAGUUAUCCUAUAGUUGCAGGCAAUAUCAGAAGGCAAGAGAAAACGUGGAGGGAAAAAAGGACCUCGGAGUGAAGUUUGAUUCUUGUAUGGUUGAGCACUGUCUCAGUGCCGUGGAAUGGGCUUGUAGAAUGCUACCGUUCUCUCGGUUUUCUAAUAUUGAAGAACUUAUUCAGGAUCUAAUUUUGAGCCUCAUUGGAGAACUGCCACCAAUCAGAGAGGUAGCAGAAAUUUUUGUGAAAGCAUUUCCCAAUCCUGAGGACAUAAGGGUUCCUUUAAGAGAAAAAUAUCACUCUCUUCAACAGAGACUCAGACACAAUGUUGUGAAAGGUCCCCAAACUCAGGAAAUGAUGACUGUUAUCAUGCAUUCUAUCCAUAAAGUGAGGGUGAAAGCUCUGAAACGUGUGCAGAGAAAUAUAGGUUCUUUUGAGAUGAAUAUAUGGGAACCAACUGAAGAAGAAAAACCAGCUGAGGUUCUAGGUUUUGACAAGUUUUCCUUGGGAACUAGUUUGAGCAGGAGCACACUCACAGAACCAGGAAAUUCUCUGGUCCACAGUGAUGCAGAUACAGCUGAUACUUUCUCAGAAGCUUUGUUGGCUGAAGAAAAAAGUAGGAUACAUUUCUCUCAAAGAAAUGCCGCAAAUCACAUGGAAUUAACAUUGACUGGUAAGCCCAAUGGAAAAAAGAAAAUAUGUAAUCAGAAGGAAAACCCUAAAAGAAAAGAAGAUCAUGAAAAGUUGUUACAAAAUGCACUUCCUGUAAUAGGUGUUUGGGAAUUUGAACGUGACGAUGAUGAAUAUAUUAAAUUCCUUGAACUCUUCUUGAGUUAUGUUCUUGAAAGAGACCUACUUGGUUCCAAGGAUGCUGGCAUUCCAUUUCUAACUAGCUUUUCUGGACAUCUUAGAGAACAUGAACUUAAUUCUUUACUUUUUGAUGUACAUACAACAUUAAAACGACGUCAAGGCAAAACCAAAAGCCAGAAUGUGUUUAGAGCUGGCUCUUGCUUUGUUGUUGCUCCUGAGUCAUAUGAGUAUGAAAAAUCAGAAAACCAGACACUUUCAGCUUCUGUACUGGUUAAUCAAGGGAUCAGGCCUUUUUUAGAGAACCCUUUGAAUGAAGUCAAUAAAAAUGAAGGGAAGAGUGGGUUGUUUGGUUUAAAACAGAAGUCAGUUUACAGAAUACAAGAUGACAAUGCAGAGAAAACUUUAAUACAGAGAUGGUCAAACCAUAGUUUUUGCACUCCCAAGUCUAUUGAAACUAGAAGAUGUAUUUUCAAAGCAAUUCAAUGCAACGAUAUUAACCCUCAAGAAGAUCUUCCUCUAGCACUAGAUAACACAUUUGGCAGUAUAAGAAGGCUGUUGGAAUGGAUGAUAAGAUGGUCUGAUAGAAGACUGCUCUGUGAUUUUGGUCACACUGCGUCAUCCUGUGAGUACAGUACCGUCAUUCGUGUAAAGACCUCUACAGCUGCCAUUCUUACAUCAUUGUGGCUUUUGAAACAACCCUAUUUUGCUACAUAUAAGGCAAAAAAUGCCAUUAUUAAGGUGCUAGAGAAUAAUUACCCUGAGCCUCAGAAUGGACCCAAUAUAGAGAGUGAUUAUAAAACAGAUGCUGGCUGUUCUGUUGUAUCCACUGAAGGUGGGACUGAGGAAAGAAAUGAUCAAAAUGAAUCUUGUCAAAGUGUCUUGAAUAGAAUGCCAACUGAAGUAAAAAAUCCCAAAAUAAAAGGAACCAAUGAUGAGAUUAUUUCUGUCACUGAUGAUACUGAAAAAGAAUUUGUAGAUAUUGAGGAGGAUCUUUUAGAAGUAGAAACAUUUACAAAGGAGGAAAUGGAUAUAUACCCAUCAGAGUUUGAAGAGCAUGCCAAAGAAUCUGUUGCAAUUGUUGAAAGUCCCAGUAUUACCUCUUACAUGCAGAUGCAGACUUUACCACAGCAUUUAGAAGAACAUUCCACAGGAGAGGUUCAGUGUCCAGGGGAAGAACUGUUAGAGACAUGUAUGGAGGAAAAAUCAACUGAACAGAAAGGUAUGAUCGAAGGCUUUAUAGAUCCAGAACACAUCACUCCUCAUUCAUUUGGUGUAGAUACAAGUUCAGAAGUUUCUAGUGCACGGAUCUCUGCAUGUAAAGAUAAAUCUUCCUCAGCUCCACCUUUGGUAUCAAACAGAGUCACUGUUGCUUCACAAACACCUGGGCCAACAGCUCAGCCAACCCAGAGAAAUGAACCCAGGGCUCAGUUAUCACAUUAUUCCGAUUCUGUUAGGCAAAUGCUCCAAGAUGAAAUGUUUAAAUUAGUUCAGCUACAACAGAUCAACUUCAUGAGCCUCAUGCAAAUAGUAGGAUCAUCCUUUGCUAACCUCCCAGAUAUACAUCAACUUCUACAGCAGUCUCAGUCUGUGCAUUUGGUGGGAAGCCAAGGAUCAAACCCCACAAGAGGGAGUAAUGAUGUUGAAGACACCAGUAGAAAUCUGAAGGAGAGAUUUUUCGUUAAACUACAACCCAUGGGAGAGUACACCGGAGAGCCUGGCAAGAACAGCCCACACUGCCAUAAAGAAAUUGUGCAAUCUGAUGGAAAUAGUAAUGGAAAUUUACAGAAUGUUCCACAUAGGAGUGUUCCUUUUUGUCAGUUAGAAGGCCAAACCCAGAAUAGAGGACUAACUCCAGCAUCUCAGAACUUACCAACCACUUCAUUGUCUCCAGCCCCUGCUGGAAAUACUCACCUCCACCUUUUGUCCACGUCUUCUGCCAUUCGGAAGACACCUGAACUUAUCCCCACUGCAAAAACUUUCAGACCUGGUGAUGGUUUUCCUUUGCUUCAAUUUCAGCCCAAGCCUGAAUUUAAGCCCCUUUCCUUCCAUACAGAAAGAGUUCCUCAAGUUCACUUCAGUCCUCCGCCACAGCCAAGAGUGGCUUGGGGAUUAUCUGAUUUCUUCCAGCUUCCUUUGCCAAAGAGAGCAAUGGACACUACUUCAAUGUCCCAUUUGAAUUUGAGCCAGCAUAAUACUGAAGCCAUAAAAAAAGAAGUUGAGGAGAAGAAAUGGGUAGAAACAAUAAUUACAGAAGUCCCUAAGCAUGUGAACUUGGAUCAGUAUGUUGGACAAGAAAACUUGACACCUCAGCAGGACUCUGCAACAUUUAUAAAACCAGAAAAACUGUUUGAUGUUAAGCCAGGGCCCUUUGAGAUAUCUCCUCAGAAUUCUUUUGGACUUCCAUUAUUGCACCUGCAACUUAAACCUCCUUCUGUAUUUUCCUCUGCCUCAAGAGCAUCAGUUACAUUUCCAUCAAUACCUAUUAGAACUGUAGCAGAAGAAAGCAAAUACCCAAGACUAUCACUAUUUCAUUCAUGUCUAUCGCAAGAAAAUAUGUACCAAAACCCACAACUUAUUCCACUUGAAAACCUUAUUGCAUUUAAACAAAUGCAACAGAAAUUAACACAUAAUUUAUUUGAACAAGGCAAUCCUGGACACCUCCAGCUUCUACAGGUCAAAAUAGAAUCAUCUGAAUUGAGACAAGGAAAGGACAGUAAAAAAAGACAAAGACGACGAGCUGAAAAAGAGCUGCAAGAAAAAAGAUCAGAGAAACUAAGGAGAAAACCAAGUGUGACUUUCCAACCAGAGGAUUUCAUCAUUAAUGAUAAUGAUUCAGAAAUAGUUAUGAAACCCAAGGAGCAACAAGAACAUCAUGGUUCCCAGCCUUUGGAAGACUUUGACAUUCCUUUUGAAAAGCUCCAGGAUGAUGUUAAUACUUCAGCUGGAUUGCAUUUCAUGGCCUCUGUAAAAAAGAAAGUUAAAGAAUGUCAGGAUGCAAGUACAAAUACAGACCCAGAUAAAGAUGCUGCUUCUCAAGAAGUUGUUUCUGAAUGUCAUAAAAAUCAGCAAAUCAUUUCUUCCUCAUCAGAACAUGAAUCUUUGAAUGUUCCUCAACUUUUGGCACCAGACGUAUAUCUGAAUCUCAGACUUUCCACUGAAAUAUCAGAGAAACCUCUGUCACCUUCAGCAAGUGAAACGAUUGGACACACUUACAUAAAUGUGAUUGACAUUGAAGCUGAUGAUCUACACAAAUUACCUGUUAGAGAAGAGCCUUCAGAUGAUAAUAGUAUCAAACAGCAAAGCGAUCAUCUAGAAGUCCCAUCUUCUGCAGAAUUACAUUACAUGGCAGCUUCAGUUACUAAAGCUCUUCCACUGUACAAUUUUAAGAGUCAAGAAUAUGGCAAUUCCACCAUGGAUUUAUUUUUUAAACCUGCAAAAGUGUCUCCAACCUGUCUGGAUGGAAGAAGCUGGAGAGCAGGCAUUCCAGAAGUGAAGGAGCCUUGCAUCACCUCACCUCCACCAUCAGACAUACAGCAGGACAAAGAUACUCCGAAGCCAGAUCUUCGAUUCAAGGAACCAAGCUCAAAGUCAGAUGCCGCAGAUUACCUGCUGUGGGAACUACUACAGGAUGUCUCUGCCAAUCAUCCUGCGCCAAGCUCUGCAGCUCGCCGGCUAGAGCAUCUCACUUCAAAGCUUCAGAGAAUUGAUGAACAGCUAUUAGCAAUACAGAACAUUGCUGAAAACAUAGAGCAGAAUUACCGGAGACACAUCAUGCUAGAACAACAUUGUAUUAAGGUUGAACCUGUAGAUCACAUUGAGCUGUCUUCUGGCCCCGAAUCUGAAAAAACAUUGCCUUCAAAACCCAUUCACAUUCCUGAAGAAGGGCAUUUCCUGACUCAUAUGAAUAAAGAAGAUCAAAGGAACAACGAACAGAUUUCAGUAACUACGGAAACUCAUCCUAGUCAGAAAACCUGUGUGUUUCCUUCUGCCGAUUCAGCUGUCAGCCUUUCCAGUGACCAGAAUUUGACUUCUCCUGGUGUGAAUAACAGUGAUGAAUUAUUUGAGAGUGUUUCAGUAGAUCCACUCCAGAUGAGUGAACUGACUGAUAUCGCAGACAUUAUCAAUGACCUUAUAACAAAAGAUGGAGUUUCCAGUGAAGAGCUUGGCUUAACAGAACAACAGGCGAGGAGCAUCUCCAGGAUUCAGCAUUCCUCUGGUAGACGUCCACAAAGAACUGAGAAGGAGAGAAAAGAGAUUCAAGUCUGGAUGAAAAGAAAACGAAAAGAAAGAAUGGCAGAGUAUUUAAAUCAGCUAGCAGAAAAGAGAAGGCAAGAACAUCAUCCUUUCUGCCCCAGGAGCAACCCAUUUUACAUGACUUCGAGGGAAAUCAGGCUGAGACAAAAGAUGAAGCACGAAAAAGACAGAUUGCUACUAUCUGACCACUAUAGUCGUCGAAUCUCACAAACAUACAGUCUGAUGAAUGAACUGUUAUCUGAAUCAGUACAGCUUCCAGCAACUGCACAGAAACCAUUGCCUAACAAACCCAGACCUGCUCAAAUUCCCAGAAGGCAAUGCUCCCUUUCUCCACGAGGAGAGAAUCGACAUGAUCACAAUUUUCCAAUACAUAGACCUGGAAAAGUCAGAUAUAUAUCCAUCAAACCAAGUUAUACCCAAAAGGGGAGACUUUUGGGGCAAACUCAAGGCUCACCUUGGCCAUGUGGAACUGCUACUUUUACCAUACAGAGGAAAGGUGGUGUAGUCAAAGUGGCAGUAAGAAAGGCUGUGCAGUCUCCAGUUACCAUCCGAAAAGGGUCUAAUGCUCCCUGUCUGCGGUGUACAAAAAAUCACACAAGUGCUGGUCUUGCACCUCAAACCAAGGAGGUAUGUUUAGAGUAUGAGAGAGAGGAGACUGUGGUGAGCCCCUGGAUGGUACCUUCAGACAUCCGUGCGAUUCUCUAUGAGAGUCACAGUUCCCUUCUACAGGACUCAUCACCAACUGAAGAAAAGCCAGCACCUCCUCUUGGGGUGGGUGGCACGGACAGCUUGUCUGAGAGCACGGGCAGCAUCCUCAGCAAGCUUGACUGGGAUGCCGUCGAAGAUAUGGUGGCCGGUGUGGAGGACAAGAGCCCGUCUGUCCACUGGGCCCUGGACCUAUAAGACCUGAAUGUCACUCUGCUUCCACGCAAAGGCCAGCAACUCAGUGUUGUAGUUCUGAAAGAUUUGUGGGUUUAAGGGAGAGAAGCAAUGAAAGAAGCAAUGUGAAUUUACCACCUGCAGGCAUAUUAUUACCUUGAUUAGACAUUUUAAGAGGAAAAGUAAACAUUUCUCCAUAAGUUUGCCUUCCAGGGAAAGGGGUUAACUAUAGAUGUGUUAUAUGUUUUUGCAUUUGACUUAUUUAGGUAUAAUUUUUUAAAUGAUGAAAUAAACUACCUUUCAAGCCAAGCUUGUAC